AUGAAGAUUGACUACGAACAAUUGAGCGAGCUCUAUGACAAAACAUGCCGCACAAAGAAUGUGCAGUACAGUUACGGUACGGCUGGGUUCAGGACCCUAGCUAAGAAUUUGGACACGGUGAUGUUCACCACUGGUAUACUGGCCAUUCUCAGGUCGCUGAAGCUCCAAGGUCAAUACGUCGGGGUGAUGAUUACGGCGUCGCACAACCCAUAUCAGGACAAUGGGGUUAAGAUCGUGGAGCCAGACGGAUCGAUGCUUUUGGCCACAUGGGAGCCGUAUGCCAUGCAGCUGGCCAAUACCGCUUCGUUUGCAAGCAAUUUUGAAGAGUUUCGUGCCGAGUUGACCAGGUUGAUUGAGCACGAAAAGAUCGGUUUGGAUACUAGCAUUGUGCCACACAUUGUGGUUGGAAGAGACUCUAGGGAAAGUAGUCCUUACUUGUUGCGUUGCCUGACUUCUACAAUGGUCAGUGUCUUCCACGCGCAAGUCUUAGACUUGGGCUGUGUCACGACGCCUCAAUUACAUUACAUUACUGAUCUGUCUAACAAGCGCGAACGUGAAGGAGGCUCUGCAGAGGUUGCCACAGAGCAGGAUUACUACUCGUUUUUUAUCGGUGCUUUUAACGAACUCUUCUCCACGUAUGAAAUUGAGAAGAGACUGUCUGUUCCAAGAUUGUUCAUAGAUGCGGCUAAUGGUAUUGGUGGCCCGCAAUUGAAAAAGUUACUGACCUCCAAAGAUUGGGUUGUGCCACCGGACCAGAUUGAAGUCAUUAAUGACAAGUCUGACGUUCCAGAAUUAUUGAACUUUGAGUGUGGCGCAGAUUAUGUGAAGACUAACCAGAGACUGCCCAAGGGCCUUUCACCCUCUUCGCAUGACUCGCUAUAUUGCUCCUUUGAUGGUGAUGCUGACAGGGUCGUGUUUUACUAUGUUGACUCGGAAUCGCAAUUCCAUUUGUUAGAUGGUGACAAAAUUUCCACGUUGUUUGCAAAAUUCUUGUCUAAACAGCUAGAACUGGCACAUUUAGAAAAUUCUCUAAGAAUUGGCGUUGUGCAAACCGCUUAUGCGAACGGUAGUUCCACCAAUUAUAUUGAAAACACGUUGCGCUGUCCCGUAUCGUGCACCAAGACAGGUGUUAAACACUUGCACCAUGAAGCCGCCACCCAGUACGAUAUUGGUAUUUAUUUCGAGGCAAAUGGACAUGGUACAAUCAUAUUUAGUGAAAAGUUUCACCAAGUUAUCAAAUCUGAAUUAUCAAGGGCCCGUGGUGACAUGCUGGCUCUGAAAACUUUGGACUGUUUCUCUAAAUUAAUUAAUCAGACAGUGGGUGAUGCUCUUUCGGACAUGUUGGCGGUCCUUGCCACUUUGGCUAUUAUGAAAAUGGCCCCAAUGGAUUGGGAUAAAGAGUAUACGGAUUUGCCCAACAAGUUGGUUAAGUGCAUCGUUCCUGAUAGAUCAAUUUUCCAAACCAUCGAUCAGGAAAGAAAAUUGCAAAACCCUGUGGGAUUGCAGGCAAAAAUAGACCUUGUGAUAGCCAAGUACCCCAUGGGAAGAAGUUUUGUUAGGGCUAGUGGCACUGAAGAUGCAGUGAGGAUUUAUGCGGAAUGUCAGGACUCAUCUCAGUUAGAUCAAUUUUGCAACGAAAUUGUAGAGCUUGUGAAGGCUUCUGCCUGA